GCCAGCCAGCUGGCCCCCUCGCAGGGGACGUGCUGCGGACCCGCGCCUGCGACCAGGAGGACGCGCAGCCAUGGGCCGCCUGGCCGGGAGUGCGGCGGCGCUGCUGCUCGGGCUGCUCGUGGAGUGCACAGAGGCCAAAAAGCAUUGCUGGUAUUUUGAAGGACUCUAUCCAACCUAUUAUAUAUGCCGCCCUUACGAGGACUGCUGUGGCUCCAGGUGCUGUGUGCGGGCCCUCUCCAUACAGAGGCUGUGGUAUUUUUGGUUCCUUCUGAUGAUGGGCGUGCUCUUCUGCUGUGGAGCUGGCUUCUUCAUCCGGAGGCGCAUGUACCCCCCGCCGCUGAUCGAGGAGCCGGCGUUCAACGUGUCCUACACCAGGCAGCCCUCGAACCCCACUCCAGGAGCCCAGCAGCUGGGGCUGCCGUUUUACACCGACCCUGCAGGAGCAGGGGGGAAUCCUGCCGGGAACCCUGUGGCGAUGGCUUUCCAGGUCCAACCCAACUCACCCCAGGGGAGCAUGGCCUACCCACCGCCCCCUUCCUACUACAACGCGCCGCCGCCCCCAUACGAGCAGGUGGUGAAGGCCAAGUAGCCGGAAGCUGCCCGGCACCUGCCUGUGCAAGUGGCCGGGGAGGCCGGGAGGGGCUGUCACUCGCCCUCUGUCCCCAUCACUGUUCACUUCCAGGAAUGGUCUUCUGAGCCACUGAGGGCAGAUUCCUUUUUGGCAUCUUCAAAGCAAGCACAGCUUCCUUCCAAGGUUUCCUCGGAGGACCAGUCUUUGAAUUCACCCCGUGUCUCCUCUGUUGCUUCCGUUCCCAACAUAAUCCGUGCUCUGGCCGAGUGGAGAGUCCCGACGGUUGACCCCUAGGGUGGCGCGCCCGGACCCUCAGGGGAGAGACCCCGGCGGCAGGUGAGGCGGGGCGCGUGCAGGUGAGUACGCGUGAGCGUGGGGAGGGGCCCGGGCCGCCCGGAAGGCCCCGCGCACGGCAGGCGGCCCGUCUGAAACGAGGCGCCACCUGGCCAGCUGUGGGAGCCC